AUGUCAACCAUUAAACCAUUUCAAAUUUUCGAUAUUUUGGAUUACAACAACAUAAAUUUAGACAUCCUGACUGAGACAUUCAAUGUUGGCUUUUAUGGAAAGUAUAUUGCUAAAUGGCCAGAAUUUUGCAUUUCCAUCAAAAACCACUUUGGCAAUUUCUAAGGAUAUUUAUUGGGAAAGAUUGAGGGAGAAAAAGCUAAUAACAAUAAGCAGAAUUGGCAUGGUCAUAUUAGUGCAAUUACUGUAGCACCAGAAUAUAGAAGGUAGGGAGUAGCAAGGUUUUUGAUGAAUUAUAUUGAAGAUGUAACUAAUAGUUAAAAUGGAUGGUAUGUGGAUUUAUUUGUUCGACCUUCAAAUAAAAUUGCUGUUUUGAUGUAUUAAAAUUUUGGAUAUGAAAUAUAUCAGACAGUGUACUAGUACUAUAGCGGUCAAAAUGGUAAAUGUGAGGAUGCAUAUGAUAUGAGAAAGUCUAUGUUGAGAGAUAAAUAAAAACUAAAAUAGAAACCAACUGGAAAAGUAAUCAAACCAGAAGAUUUAGAAUUUAAUUGAGUUUGUAAAAUAUUAUACAUUAAUAAUUAUUUCUUAGA